UACAGAUUCACAAGCGGAUGACAUUACAAGAAAUCAAAAACACAUUUCACGUAGAUACACAUGAUUUAGUUCCAGAAUACGAGGUAGUUCCAAUCCACCAUAUUCGAAGAAGAAGCUUACCAGAUGAUCUCGAAAACACCAUAGAUGUCGACGAACCUAUCACUAAGUCUAAAGAAAAUCUCGAAGAUGGAAACCCUCUUCCAAAGAAAGCGCAGUUAAGGCUAAAAGCGUUUGGUGUGCCUUACAAUUUGAGGCUGGCGCCCAACCAAGGACUGUUCAAGAAAGGAAAACUGAAAAUCUGGACGAUAGAGCCCAACGCUACUGCACAGCAUGGAGUGGAGUAUGUGGAACUGCCAGAGACAAAUGAUGACAUCGGUGAACUGUACCAAGAUGAAGAAAACCAAGCCGCAAUUCUAAUGAGAACAGAAGAUGAUGGUGUCAGAGUGGAAGGCAGCAUAGGCUCUCACCUGGUGAUCAAACCACUGCCAGAUAGACUACGUGGCUCUGUAAUACGUUCGAAGAACGGCAAUGACACUGAAUCCAUCAACGACGAUGAAAUGUUCCUGGACCAGGACGGAGAGCUCAGUGCUGAGGUGGCUAUCGAUACCGGUUUGCCAAUCAACAGGAACUCUACUGCAGCUGGUAGCGUGCAACACCACAUCGUAUACAGGCGGAUGAACAAGGAAGAGGAAGAUGCUUUCAGUGAUUAUGCAUUCAUGGAGCCCGAUCAUCUUGGCAAGAGGUUCAAACGUAGCAUAUCAGCGUACAGUUCAAGGAAGAAGCGAGAAGCACCAUACACCAUCUACCCCGAAAUUCUGGUGAUAGUCGACUAUGACGGAUACCGACUGCACGGUGGUGAUAAUGUUCAGGUGAAGAGGUACUUUGUCUCAUUCUGGAAUGGAGUAGAUCUGAGGUACAAGCUACUCAAGGGACCCAAGAUUAGGAUAUCUAUUGCUGGUAUUAUUAUUAGCAGGGGAAGGGAUGCUACGCCGUACUUAGAAAGAAACAGGGUUGGCAGAGAUGCUAUAGACUCAGCAGCAGCACUGACAGACAUGGGGAAAUACUUAUUUAGAGAGAGAAGGCUUCCAGUAUAUGACAUUGCUGUAGCUAUUACGAAACUAGACAUGUGCCGAAGAUCGUACCCGAAUGACCAAUGUAAUCGUGGCACAGCAGGCUUCGCGUACGUAGGAGGCGCUUGCGUAGUCAACAAGCGUCUGGAGAAGGUCAAUUCGGUGGCAAUCAUUGAGGAUACCGGAGGAUUCAGUGGAAUCAUCGUCGCAGCACACGAAGUAGGACACUUACUAGGUGCAGUGCACGAUGGUAGCCCUCCUCCAUCGUACUUGGGAGGUCCUGGAGCAGAAAAAUGUCAAUGGACUGACGGUUACAUCAUGUCAGAUUUAAGGCACACUGAAAGAGGAUUCAGGUGGUCACCUUGCAGUAUUUCCAGUUUUCAUCAUUUCUUAAAUGGUGACACAGCAACGUGUCUGUACAACACACCACAUGAAGAUGAAAAUCUGCCUAGGGUGCUACCUGGGAAAUUACUGACAUUAGAUGCGCAAUGCAGAAGAGACAGAGGCACGAGCGCAUGCUUUAAAGACGAUAGGGUGUGCGCUCAGCUCUUCUGUUUCGACUCAAACAGCGGGUACUGCGUCGCAUAUCGACCUGCAGCUGAAGGUUCAACGUGUGGCGAUGGCCAGUACUGCCUAAAUGGAAGGUGUGUAGCAGAACAUGAAAAUAUAAUCCCUGAUUAUUCACAGAAUGCAGCGUCCUACCUUCGAAAUAGUCCAUCAAGACCUUUGUACGAAGUAAGCGUGGAGGAAGUGACUCAAAACCCGUUCGAGUACUACACCACACAGCCACAGUACUACACUCAAUACGACACCAACCAACACAGUUCCUAUAACACGGUGUCUAAUCAACCGAGUCCGUACGACACUGUCCCCAACCAACAGAAUCCGUAUCAGAAUACGUUUACAUCCACAUCAGCCCCUAUCACAAGAUUCAGUUUCAAGUACAACUUCGUCCCCUUUUCCACCACCAAAUCUCCAUACAAUUUCGAAAAUUUCGCCAAAACGGCGAAAUCUCCCAGUACAGCGUCCUUUUUGAAAAACAUCUUCAGCACUAGACGUGCUACCACAAAGAGUCCGUACGAUUUUGCCAAUUUUGGAAUAUCGACGGAGAGUCCCUACAGCAUAUCGUAUCAUGACAACGUCAACAACAACUAUCUGAAAAGGUCUUACAACGAUGCGAGUUAUUAUACAGAUAGUAGCAAUGUCAAUGCUACGUAUGACAAUCGAAGACUUAUAGGCUAAGAAAAUUAUAAAGGAUAUUUCUUCUGAACUAAGCAGGAGCUUUGAAGCAAUAUACAUUAAAUGAGAGACAAGCCGAGUUGUGAUGUUUAGUGCUUAUUUUGUAUAUUUCCCCCUGACUAUUGAGUGCGUGCUGCAAGUGAAUGUGUAUGUGAUGGACUUUAAUGAAUUAGCUGUCAUAGGAUGCUUCAGUAGCUUUGGAAAUCAGAAUCUACAAUCAUGGACAUUUUAGAACGUUGGCUUGAUUUAGAAUAUUUAUCAGACACUGAAGAUUGAUCAAAAUACGUCUGGAUGUUAACAAAGUUUCAGCAAAGGUUUGACUUUCCAAUGGAUUGAUUUGUUUUAUAUCGGGAAUUGCGUAGUAAUUUACUAUUAACACCAAUGAUUAACGUAUUUUACUCGAAGUUAGCCAACCAUAUACCAUCCUGGCACCCGAAAAGGGGUCUGAAAGACCCUAGCGCCAUCUGUGAGACACUAACACAACAUAGAAAUGAAUUUAGAAAUCUACUUUAAAAAGAAAAUGGUUCUGUGUCUGAUAGAUUGCGCUAGUAUAUUCAAUCCCUGUGAUGGUGGGCUAUCUUCAGGUUCCAGCAUAACUAAUUUAUUAUCUUGAUAUAUCAAGGAAUUUGAGUAUAUUAAACAUAUGCGCUUAAUUAAAUCAAACGCUUUCAAUUUUGACCAAAAUAUUUUUUUGAGAAAUAAUGUUUUAUGAAAGAGAAUUCCACUUCCAAGAUAACUUGUUUUUUGUAUUAUAAGAAAUUUGGAAAAAAGAAAAAAGUGGCUAGUGCACAGGUCCAAUUCAUGACUUCCCUAUACUUUUUGCGAAAAUAUUUUCUUGAAAUAACAGUUAUGAUCCCUUUUUACACAAAAUUAGAUAUCUUGCAUAAGAAAUGACGAACAUUUAAAAAAAUAGUCGUCUGUACUAACACCUAUCUACUAUAAUUUUCAAACUUUUUGUUUAUAUUUCAAACAAAUAAGCUAUCUUGGAGCUAUACAAGAAAAUUGUCCCCACUAUGCCGUAUCUUUCAUUUUAUUUAUUAAAUUCAUGAUAUCUCAAAAAAUAAAAGAAUCAAACAUAACUAGGGAUGCAUAUUUACAUAUGAAUGAGUGGGUACCCCAGAGCCUUAAAAAUUUUAAUGGGUACACAACAAAAAUUAAAUCAGUUCCUGUAAAAGUAUUUUCGCGCUCGAUAUAUUAAAAACAGAUUUCAAAUGAGAUACAGUUUGUGGAUAUGAUAAUCUUUUUUAUUAAGUGUGUCAAACACCUUACAUGACUGAGCUCUUUUUUAUUAAUAAGACUUUUUCUUCAUAAAUUACGGGUAAAUCAAUGUUCAUACUAAAUGCAAGAAAAUCUGAUUUCCAAAGUAUAGAGAAAGUUUCUUUUUAAGUAGGACUUAUUUAAUCUAUGUACAUAUAUUUUUAAGUGAUACUGCCAACUUUGGAUAUUAGCAAUAGCUAUAAAGACUGAUUUUUUAUAAAUGUAACUUUGAAAAAGCAAUUAUUUUUUAAAUAUGAUACAUAUCAAUUAUUCAUAUCACAUCAUUAGAUAAGAUGUUUGUGGUGUUCUCCAAUAAACCAAUACACAGUAAUUGGUCAAUUGAGAAUGUGACAGGAGUUCAACAAAUUGGCAAUUUAGGAUCCCUUGAGCAAAUACAUUUUGAAAAUGCAGCAUAAAAUCGUUCUUGAAAUGUUCGUUGAAAUAUUGUAAUCAUUUUAAUUGCAAAUAUAUGAAUUUGCUUUUGCAAAGUUACAGAUAUAUAAAAUCCAUUUCUUAAUAUUGAAUGAAGGAUUUUACAAAUUCUUUGUUUGAAGUAGGUAUUUUUAGAAGACAAUGUGCAAUUUGUUACUGUUUUUUUGCCAAAUAGAUAAUGAAUUACAUUCUAAAAGUGAAGGUAAUGUUUAAUUUAACUUUUAAAAAGAUG